AUGGCAGGUGAAUCUAGAUUUCCAGAUGUGGACAGUAAUGGAUCAGAAAAAAAUGAAGAUAUAGAGAUUAUAGUCAAUGUUGGUGGGGCGAGGCAGGUGCUAUAUGGAGAAAAUCUGAACCGAUAUCCAGCAACAAGAUUAGCACAGUUGAUCAACUGUUUAUCAGGGGGAUAUGAUACUAUUUUCUCUCUCUGUGAUGACUAUGAUCCUGGGAAAAGAGAAUUUUAUUUUGACAGAGAUCCAGAUGCUUUCAAAUGCAUUAUUGAUAUAUAUUACUUUGGAGAAAUUCACAUGAAGAAAGGAAUAUGUCCUAUAUGUUUCAAGAAUGAAAUGGAAUUUUGGAAAGUAGACCUGAAAUUCUUGGAUGACUGCUGCAAAACUCAUCUGAGUGAAAAAAAGGAGGAACUGGAAGAAAUAGCCCGAAGGGUGCAAUUGAUUCUGGAUGAUUUGGGAGUGGAUGCCUCUGAAAAUCGCUGGAAGAGAUGCCAGAAAUAUAUUUGGAAAUUAAUGGAGAAACCAGAAUCAUCCUAUUCAGCUAGAGUAAUCGCAGUGUUGUCCUUCCUAUUUAUUUUAAUCUCAUCUGUAGUAAUGUGCCUGGGGACCAUCCCAGAGCUCCAGAUAGUAGACUCUGAGGGAAAUCAUGUGGAACACCCAACACUGGACAACAUUGAGACAGCGUGUAUAGGCUGGUUUACCUUGGAGUAUGUGCUUAGACUUAUUUCUUCUCCUAAUAAACUGUACUUUGUGAUUUCUUUCAUGAACAUCAUUGAUGUUUUUGCAAUACUUCCCUUCUAUGUCAGCUUGAUCUUGACCCACUUGGGUGCCGGAAUGAUGGAGUUAACCAACGUUCAACAGGCUGUUCAAGCACUUCGGAUCAUGAGGAUUGCUAGAAUUUUCAAACUCGCACGCCACUCCACAGGGCUACAGACUUUAACCUAUGCUCUUAAAAGAAGCUUUAAGGAGCUAGGACUGCUUCUUAUGUACUUGGCUGUUGGAAUCUUUGUCUUUUCUGCCCUUGGUUAUACCAUGGAGCAAAGUCACCCUGAAACCUUAUUUAAAAGCAUCCCUCAGUCAUUUUGGUGGGCAAUUAUAACCAUGACCACAGUUGGAUACGGGGACAUAUAUCCUAAGACAACGCUGGGGAAACUGAAUGCUGCCACCAGUUUCCUUUGUGGGGUGAUAGCUAUAGCACUUCCCAUCCACCCUAUCAUAAACAACUUUGUCAGAUACUACAAUAAGCAGAGAGUUUUAGAAACAGCUGCCAAGCAUGAACUGGAGCUGAUGGAGCUAUACUCGGGUGAGGGGAAAGUUGGAGGCUCCAAGAAUGAACUAGAGGAUCUUAUGGGGGAAGGCAAGGAGCGUCCUUCACGGAGCAGACAGCUAAAAGUUUCCCACAGUGACACCUUCAUUCAUCUCCUAUCAGAUCAGAAACAUUACAGGACCAGGCUUCAAAGCUGCAAAUAA